AUGUCAUACAAUCGCCUAGACGACGACUACUACCACGAUCCCAUGGAUCCUCACCCGGGCGGUCGAUUCCGGACUCCGUCUCCGAAUCGGCCACUCAACCAGGGUUACCAACUCGAGGAGAGCCCUUUCAGUCAGCAACAGCGCCUCACUCCUGGUCCGCAGCGAUAUGCCACGCCCAGCGACCACCUAAAUCUCAAUGCCGCGCACUCCAUUGAUAACCUCUCGCAUGCCGGCGGCCAUUCUCACCACCAGAAUCCGUCGUACGGCGACUCGGUCGUGAGCGCCGAGAUGCUUCACGACGAGUAUGGCGGCAGGCACCCCUCGUACCCCCAACCAGACGAGUAUCAAGCCGGCUACGGUGAUACCCCAACGCACGGCUACGACCUCGAUGACCGCCGCCCGAUGCUUGACCACCACAGCUCCUCGGGAUAUGGUGACCCAUACCGCGACCAAGCACAGCAGCAGCAGCAAAACGGAGGAGCCUUGAGGCGCUGGAAGACGGUGAAGCAAGUGCUUCUAUACCGCGGAAACCUGGUCCUCGACUGUCCCGUACCCCCUGUCCUCCUGCAGCAGAACCCCCACGGCGAGCGCGAUGAGUUUACCCACAUGCGAUAUACGGCGGCGACGUGCGAUCCGUCUGACUUUUACAACGAAAACUUUACUCUCCGCCAGAAGCUCUUCAGCAAGCCCCGCCACACGGAGCUCUUCAUCGUCAUCACCAUGUACAACGAGGACGACAUUCUGUUUGCGCGCACGCUCAUGGGCGUCUUUAAGAACAUCGAGUACAUGUGCAAGCGCCCCAACAGCAAGACGUGGGGCGCCGAGGCGUGGAAGAAGAUUGUCGUCUGCGUUGUCAGCGACGGCCGCUCCAAGAUCAACCCUCGGACCAAGGCCCUGCUGUCCGGCAUGGGCGUAUACCAGGAGGGCAUCGCCAAGCAGCAAGUCAACAACAAGGAUGUGACGGCGCACGUGUACGAAUACACGACGCAGACUCACCUGCAGCUUAAGAACGACGUAGUCUCCCUCGUCCACCGCCGUCAGCCCGUGCAGAUGCUCUUCUGCCUCAAGGAAAAGAACCAGAAAAAGAUCAACUCGCACCGCUGGUUCUUCCAGGCCUUUGGCCGCGUACUCGACCCCAACAUCUGCGUCCUCCUCGAUGCCGGCACGCGGCCUGGCGGCAACUCCAUCUACCACCUGUGGAAGGCCUUCGACCUCCAGCCCAUGUGUGGCGGCGCCUGCGGCGAAAUCAAGGCCAUGUUGGGCACCGGCGGCAAGAACCUGCUCAACCCCCUCGUCGCGACGCAAAACUUUGAGUACAAGAUGAGCAACAUCCUCGACAAGCCCCUCGAGUCAGCCUUUGGCUUCAUCUCCGUCUUGCCCGGCGCCUUCUCCGCCUACCGAUACGUCGCCCUGCAAAACGACAAGAACGGCAAGGGGCCCCUGGAAAAGUACUUUCUGGGCGAGACGCUUCACGGCGGUAGCAGCGCCGGCCUGUUCGAGUCCAAUAUGUACCUCGCCGAAGACCGCAUCCUCUGUUUCGAGCUCGUCACCAAACGCAACUGCCACUGGAUCCUGCAGUACGUCAAGUCGGCCAACGGCGAGACGGACGUGCCGGACACCGUCACCGAGCUGGUCCUCCAGCGCCGCCGCUGGCUCAACGGCUCCUUCUUCGCCGCCAUCUACGCCAUUGCCCACUUCCACGACUUCUUCCGCUCCGACCACUCCUUGCUGCGCAAGCUCGCCUUUUUCAUCGAGUUUGUAUUCCAGACGGUCAACAUGAUAUUCGCCUGGUUUGCCAUUGGCAAUUUCUUCCUGGUUUUCAAGAUUCUGACGACGAGCCUGGGGUCCAACGACCUCCUCGGUAGAGUCGGGGAGAUUCUGAGCGUCGUCUUCACCUGGCUCUAUGGUGUCUUUCUCAUCACCUGCUUCGUCCUCUCGAUGGGCAACCGGCCGGCGGGCUCGGGCAAGCUGUACUCGGCCAUGGUCUGGUUCUGGGCAAUUAUCAUGAUUUAUCUCAUGUUUGCGGCAAUCUUCAUCGCUGUCAAGGCCAUUAUUGCCGACGUUAACGACGCCGACGGCUUCAACAUCAACCAGCUUUUUACAAACCAAGUCUUCUACACGCUCAUAGUCUCCGUCAUGUCGACAUUUGGGAUUUGGCUCAUUGCGUCCAUCGUCAUGUUCGACCCGUGGCACAUGAUCACGUCGUUCAUCCAGUACAUGCUCCUGACGCCCACGUACAUCAACGUCCUCAACGUCUACGCUUUCUGCAACACGCAUGACGUUUCUUGGGGCACAAAGGGUGACGACAAGGUGGAGAAGCUGCCAUCGGUCAACACAACCGACGGCCAGGGCAAAACGGACCUCCCAGACGAGGGAGACCUCAACGCCCAAUACCAGCGCGAGGUUGCCCUGUUCAGCACCAAGUUCAAGGCUGUCAAGACACCGCCCACGAUGGCGCUGCUGCAGGAGAAGCAGAUGGACUACUACCGCGGUGUGCGUACCGGCGUCGUCCUUAUCUGGAUGAUUACCAACUUUGCCCUGGCUGCGCUUGUCCUGAGCUCGGCCGGCCUCGAGAAGAUUACGCCUGGCACUGCGUCUCGGGAAGACGACCAGAAGGCGCGGUCCAACAUUUACAUGGCGAUUGUGCUGUGGAGCGUGGCGGUGCUGAGCAGCUUCAAGUUUCUGGGCGCCAUGUGGUUCCUCAUCAUGCGCAUGUUCCGAGGCGUCUAG